ACGAAGUAGUUUUCAAGAUGGCGUCCUUGAUGGGUCCCUCUGCGCGUGGAAAGCUUUCUCGACUUUUGCCAUCUUUUCUACACUUGAGAGAUUAUUGCCAUGCUGCUGCGAUGGAGAAUUAUCUUUACCACCCUAAAAGUCGUCCUUUGGAACCAGAAGUUCAGACUCUAAACUUGACUAAGACUCUGCACAUGGGGGAGAUUUCAAGUUGCUUGCAAGAUAUUGUUAUUGAUGCUGCCACAAGAGAAUCAAUGAUGCCAAAAUUCAGACAAAACAUAAUUCAAACAAGGCUGAUUAAUUUUGAUGGAGAAAUCGCCACGAGGGACAAGUGUGCGCUGCCUCUGAUGCAAAAUAUGUUGAGGGUUGUAUGGAGUUCUACCAACUGUUUCCCAGGUCUUCUGGAAACCUCACUGACUUACAAGCCUCAUGUCUCCGCAUAUUGGGAAAGAGAACACAAGAUACAAGUUGGUGGACAUGUUGGUUUUUUGUUAUCCUCAAAGAAUCAGCUAAAACAAGUUGCUGACAGCCAAGAAGUAAAAAAGACUAAAGAAAUUGAAGUGGAGAAGCCAGAUAUAAUUUCUCCACUGUUUCAUCUAAACACGUCUAAAAAAACCAAUCCAAAAUUUGAAACUGGUUUCUAUAACAAUUCACCAUUUCCCUAUCCACACACCUUCAUCAUGGUGUGUGAGGACAUAAAGCAGAACACAAGUCAGUUGGUUGGUCAAGGCAUCAUGUUCUCCUGUGCACGGCUUGUUGCAGAUGCUGUACAGAAGCGCAAUUACCAAAUAGGAGAUGAGUUGGAAAAACCGUUAGCUACUCAAUGUAUCCUCACUGACGGAAUAAGACUCACAUUUAUACAUUACCAGCUGAAUACCUUGAGCUUUAGUGAUGAUGGAGGCAUCAAAAACAUGGCUUGGAUCAGUCCAGGGGUGUUCAUGUAUAAAAGGAUCGUGUUUGAUGACAUAGAAAAGAGAGAAAAAACCGCUAAGGAGAGGAAGAGGUUUCGACGUGCAAAGAAAGAUCCAGCAAAGCAUGAAAUAGUGCUAGAAGACUUUAAUGAUGAAUGCUUUGAAACUUUCGUUAAAAUGAUUGUCAGUGGAUGCCACGCCAGUUAAAGAGAAAUUCAAUUCAAAUAUUAAUGAAACAAACAAGCAAACAAGCAAACAAACAACACAUUUUCUUAGUGGUGAAAGUUUAAGAUGAAAAUACAGCGAUUUUUUGUUGAAGACUACAAACCUAAACACGUCACUGGAACUUACAGUGUAUUUUGCAAAUCUCGACCCUCCCACACUGACUUGCAUUUGGCCAUGUCGCGCCCUGUGUGUGAUGCAUGAGGUGUGACAAGCCAAAGAGACCUUCGUACAAUCGAUCGCCUGGUAGCAGCAGCAGCAGUAGUAGUAGUAGUAGUAGAUACUCUUUUUACGAGGGUGACACUUAAUAGCAAAUCAAAAAGCUGACAAAUGCGUGGCCCCCCAAAAUUACUAUAACAAGAUCUACCAAAUCUACAACUUUAAUUUAGUAGUAAAAAUUAAGAAAAGACAGUUUAAAUGAAAACGUACACAAGAAGAGACGGAGACUGCAAUGAAAAUGAGUAAGAGCUUUCAUAUGUUCUUGUUCAGCGUUCUUUCAAAAUUUGAAAUGUUUUCCAUGGAUAUUUUUCUCUUUGGCAGAAAUCCCUUUAAAUCAAUUGUUUCUCAUUCUGGUUUAUUCAUAAAAUGUAAUAUUGGAACAUAAAUUUAUUGAAAACAACCCGUUUAAAAAUAAUAGUACCUGUAUAAUAUAAGAGAUUUGCUUGCGCGGCAAAAAAUUGCAUGGUUCCUGUCACGUUACUUACCAUUUCCCAAACUUGACUUCUUUUAUCGAACUUUGAUUGCAUUAUGGCAAUCUCGUCUUACUUGGUAUUCCUUCUUUUCAAUUUCUUUUGUUUUGUUGUUGUUGGAAGAUUCUAAAAGCUCAGUACUUGACACAAACUUUUGAAAACGUUCCAUUGUCUUGGGUGACUUGACAGGACUUGCGACAGUCCUGGCCUUAUCUGAGGCCCCGUCCUCACUACGCCGGAGAAUUUUGAAAUGCCGUCUUACAUUUUAGUGUGGACAGAAAACAAUUUGAAAACGGAGCUUUUCACAAAUGAUGACGUCAAAAUAGUCAUGGAUUUCCCUGCCCGAGGUUUCCUCAAACACGUAUCUAAAAUAACUGGUGAGUGUUGCGUUUUCAAAUUUCUCCUGCGUAGUGUGGAGGGAAAAGAUUUUGAAAACGGAGCUUUUGGUAUUGUAAAAUGUGGACCGCUAAGGUAACCAAUCAGAAUUCUCCUUUUCAUCGCAGACCAGUUCAGCCAUAUAAUAUAUUCGCAUGUUUUCCAAAACUUAAUUGGUUUCACUGGUUUCAUUUACUUUUUUGUAUUAAG